AUGUCCGCGCUGAGUGUGAGAGCUCCGGGCCUACAAGCUACCACUGUGUUGAACACUAGGUCAUUGAGAGUACAAGGAGGGACCACUCUAGACUCGGUGCGGCGGAACCUAUUCGGCUGCACGGAUAGAGAGGAGAACAGGAGAUUUAUCGAGCGAGAGUUGGCCCGCCAAUUGGACUUAGAUAGCCAGCGAUGGGGCUUCGACUUUGCGAAUGAGAAACCUUUACCGGGCACUCAGAGAUUUGCCUGGCAGCUCGUUCCGGCGUCCACAAUACCAGCGGCGUUGCGGCGGUCACCGAUCACCAUAACACAAAAGCCUAACUCGCCAGCGAAAGAUACUAAAGUGACUUCUCCAGACAGCAAUAAAACGCAAAAGAGAAUAACAGACUUCCUGAAGCCGCGCAAGCGAUUACCGAGCAAUGGCAAGAAAUCCCCCGCGCACAAGCACAAGCAAGAGCUGCACGGCGUGCACAUCCGCCCCCCCAAAGUGGCGAGACUUGCGCAGACGCACUACAAACGCGCCAGCUAG